GUGUGUGCGUCUGUGUGUGUGUGCGUGCGUGUAUGUGCGUCUGUGUGUGUGUGUGUGUGUGUGUGUUUAUUGGGUCGUGUUGAAAACUCGGGUGCUUAAAACGCUGUCAUAAACAGAACAAACCCACGCAGCUCAGUUCCUCGAGUUGUCAUUCCGUGCAUGCGGUGACUCCUGACUUCUGAUUCGGCUCUUUACCGACUCUUUCCUUAAGGAUCCCAAGCUCCACUGAAGAAAGGAAGGAGGGAGCCCACUAAUUUACCUUCUGAGCAAACAUCUGAUGUGUUCCUGUUCCACAGUCAGUUAUGGGAUUAAUGACUUGUAGCUUUUAUGACUUGUGAAUCUUGAAGUUUCAAGAUGUGUGAUGUAGAAACAGAAGAGAAAAAGGUACUCCCCGAGUCCAUUAUGGAGAGGGGGACUGUGGUAACGAAGGAGGAGAUGGAGUGCCAUGGCAGCCAUUCAGUGGAGGAGGAGCAGCAGAAGACGGAUACACACCAAGGGCAGCUUAAAAGAAAUCAGAAGGGCAAAGGGAAACUAAUCAGAAGUGCAGCUGUGUGUGAUGACGCUUCGCCCACUGAAUCAAGCAACAAGAGCUCUGAGGGUGAAAGUUCACUGACAGCCAUCACUGCAGUGUGUGAAGGAGAGCAACUGGAUAAAUGCAAGGACAGCAACACCAUGAAAAAACCAAGCUUAUCCAAAGAAUCAAGUCUUGAGUAUACAGACUCAACCGGCAUUGAUCUAGAAGAGUUUCUGAUUACUACUCUAAAGAGCAGUCCCAGGGACAGAUUGAUGUUGCUGAAACUGGAGCAAGACAUGACUGAUUUUAUGACAGACAACUGCCUUUAUAAGAAGUUUCCUCAGAUGUCAUCCUAUCACAGGAUGCUGGUUCACAGAGUUGCAGCAUAUUUUGGGCUAGAACACAACGUGGAUCACAGUGGAAAAGCUGUCAUUAUCAACAAAGCCAGCAACUCCAGGAUACCAGAGCAGCGGUUUGCUGAACAUGUCCAGGAGGAGAGAACUGAAGAAAAAAGGUCAAUACUAAAGAGAGACAACAGCCAGGAGAAAGACGACAGUCAGCUGAGGAAGCCACAGCUGAUGGAUCAAAUGAAGAGUAAAUCAUUUGAGGAGAGAGAAGAAGAGUAUCAGAAAGUUAGAGAGCGAAUCUUCUCUCAGGAUUCAUCCUGUCCUGUUCAGAGUGUUUACAUUGAGACCAGAGGUCCAGAGGACUGCUUUAAUAUGCACAGUGAGACUCAAAGGAGGAGACAGCUCUUUAGAGGUACCAGGAAUGGUUCAGGUCAGCUGUCAGGCAGCAGCUUUGAGCUGGACUGUCACUGGAAUGACCCUCGACCCUGGAGCAGCACAGACUCUGACAGUUCCAGCUGGAGCUCCAAACCCACACAUUCGCUCCCAGACAACAAUCCCAAACUCUGCAAGCCAGUGACAGAGACAGCAGCCAGUAACAGUUCAGCGUUUGUUCUGGUGCCAGCAGAGUCCUCUAUUCUUCCUGGGACUAUCCUACUCAACCCAAACACAGGACAGCCAUAUUUGAAUCCUGAUGGAACUCCAGCUGUUUACAAUCCACCAGUGAGCCAGCAGACGCUGAGCAAUCAGCUAAACCCAGUGCAGUCACAGGCCCCACCGCCUCCCCCACCACACCAGCCAGCAGUGAUGAGCCACUCUCUUCCACAGGUUCAGUACUCUUCUAUGACGUACCUUCCUCCACAGUACCACACCCCAGAGCAGAGUAGGGAAGACCUUUCAUCUCAAUUCAGUAACAUGGCUUUGAGCCAUCAGUCUGUAGGUGAAACAUCAGACGUGUCCAGCUACUACCUGCAGGGAGCUCCGCCCACACUCGGCUACUCACAACCCCAACAGAAUUAUGCACCACCCUACCCUGCAGAUAACUAUAUGAGCUCAGGAAUGCCACUGGCUUUGCCUACAGCCCAACCCACUCAGCCCUGUGGCCACCAGAGUAAUCAGGUCCCCAUGUAUAGUUACCCUGCUCAGUGUGCCAACACAUCUCAGCAAUAUGGACCUGCCAGUUACAACACAGAGACAGGUACAGGAUACACUGCUCUUUUAACAAGCCAGCAACAAGCUUACUCCAACAUGGUGGGAGCUCCACCUGUGUUACCUCAAACACAGAAGAGCAUCAUGGGCUCCUAUUCUUCCACCUCAUCCUAUCAGAUGGUUCCGCCGUUGCAAUCCUACCCCUCGACAGUGCUGGUCUCCAGGCAGACUGGGCAGAAUCAGAGUGCUGGGCUGCCAGCUGGAGUGCCAGUUUACUGCAGCCCUGUGAAUCAUUCUCCACCUCCACCUCUCAGUGUGGGCAACCCCUGCCAAUCAGGAAGCUACAGAAACACAUGCAAUAGAACCCAUAACCAGUGUUGGUACUAACACACACACACAGAGACACACACACGCACACACAGUAGCACAGACUGAGGGGGGUAGAAGAACCAAGGAGGUAGAAGAACCAAGAACUGUAGCCCUGUAUUCACAGGCUACACACUAUGGUGUUUGUUUUAGUAUUUAUCACUUGAAUGCACAACAUUCAGAGUAGCAGCAACAGACGUCCAGCCUCGUCUGUUUUCCGUGUACUGUUUUACCUAAAGAUUUCUUUUACAUGCACUGAUGUAUGUGUGAAUAUUUUCUGCCACUUGCACCAGAACUGCUGGGUUUAUUUGCAUCAUGUCUACUAGUGCAAUGUAUAAUAGAGUGUGUAUUAAUAUUUUAACAAGAUAGUUAUUGCAUAUUAUGAAUAAAACAAAUUUUUACUUCCCCAUGAAAUACAAAUUGCCA